AUGCCAGAGGGCUUCGUGUCAAUGUACCAGCCAAAACUCCUGUCGCAGACCUCGGGUGCUGCACGGCCUAUGCCGAAGAUGGAGAUCGUGGUGCCAGAGACAGAUUCGGAUCUGCUUUCCUAUCCUCCGGAUUGUAUCGAGGUGCGGAACACGUUCAUCCACGUCAACAGCCCGGCACAGACAGAUGAGAUCUUUGGGCGACCAACGCUCUCGUGCCCAGCAAGAAGCAUUGGUCGAAUGCUGAUUGAGGAGGAUGCCAGCACCUCUGCCAGCCAGAUUCAAUACGCCCUGUCCGACUCGAUCUCAGGUUCCUCGGACUUGUGGAAAGUUGCCGGAGAUUGCGGGCUCAGACCGUCCUGGCAUGCGCCCACGCCGGAGGCGGCGGACGCCUUCGUGAAGGCGCAGCUGCCGUGGGAGCCCACGGAGCUGCCUAGCCUUGGAUCGCAAGGCCACUUCAGUGGCGAUUGCAGGCCUUGCGCGUUUUUGUACGCGAAGGGCUGCUUGAACGGCGCUAUGUGCAACUUCUGCCACCUCUGCGAUCGGGGUGAGAAGAAGCGGCGCCAGAAGGCGCGGAGGGCGGCCUUCAAGAUUGAUCAAGAGCUGCAGCAGUGA